AUGUCGUGGGUUUAUCGGUUUAAAGUGAACCUUGCCAGAUUUGGGCAGGCUACACAAAGUUCAAUGGCACUUGGUUGUUCCGCACAAUGUGCCAUAGAUCCACCAAUAUCCAAUAAAUGGGGUCAACAUAUAUGUACUCACACAAUAGUUGGCAACAAACCAGCGUGGUGGAUGUUUCAAUUUUCUUUCGAGUUGGUUUAUAUAACAGAUAUUACUAUUUACUACAGAGAAGGGUUGGCUCGUCGUAUGGAUGGAUUUAAAUUAUAUGUUACCAAUACUUCAACUAUUCCACCUGACGGCUAUCUCUGCUAUGAAGAUCCUGAUCCUGGCCUUCCAAACAUUACUAUGACAAUUCCUUGUUAUGAACUUGGAAAAUAUGUUAUUUAUUACGAUGAUAAAGGGUCUGUAGAAUCAAAUGGUCGCUACGAUGGACCUGUUGUAGAGUUAUGUUAUGUUGCCAUUAAUGGAUGUCAAAAGAGUCACUGGGGAAGUAACUGCGAAAAUGUGUGUGCCGACAAAUGUAUAGAGCAAAAUUGUUAUCCUGAAAAUGGUUCUUGUGUUUUGGGGUGUAACUCUGAAAACUGUUUAAAUGAUAUCUGCGAUAAAGAAACUGCAAUUUGUACCGAUGGUUGUAAAAUAAAACGGACCGGAAUCUAUUGUAACCAGUAUAACAUAGCAUCUGAAGGUAUAGUAUCGCAGGAUCCAAGUGGUAGUCAACCAGCUAGUCAGGCUAAUGAUGGGGAUAUAACAACAUGUUCUAAAACAAAGGGUUCUAGUGUAACAUUUCAGGUUGACCUUCAAGAGAUAAGCAUUGUAACAGGACUGUUUAUCCUGUUAGGUGAUGAUACGUUGAAAGAGGGUCAUCAUACUUUUUACGCAUCAAAUAAUAGUGAUGCCUGGAAAAGUGGAACAUUGUUAUACAAUGAGACAGUUUUGUCUACUGAUAUCAAAUUUGAAGCUGUUUUUAGAAUCCUAACUUACAUACCUCCAGUUCAGGUUCCAAUUACCGACCUUGAAUUUUGUGAAAUUGGGAUUAUUGGUUGUCCACCUACACAUUAUGGUCCUUUCUGUCAUACAACGUGCCCACUAAACUGUAAAGGACCAUGUGACCUCGAAAGCGGGAUUUGUAAAUUUGGAUGUAUGAAUGGAUGGACUGGUGUUAACUGUGAACACGAAUGUUCUGCUGGUUUACACGGCAACGAUUGUCGUGAAUCGUGUUCAGUUAACUGUUGGAAUUCUCUUUGCAAUCACGUAACAGGUGAAUGCAUUGUUGGCUGCCAAGAUGGAUGGCAGGGAUUCAAUUGUUCACAAACGUGUCCUAACGGUCAGUUUGGGAGAAAUUGUUCUAGAUCUUGUAAUGGGUGUGUAUCAAGUAUGUGUGAUUAUGUUAAUGGAUUGUGUGAUGACACCACUAGCUGUAAUCCUGGUUAUGAACACACCGUAAAAUGCGACAUAUCCUGCGACGAUGGAGACUUUGGUAUCGGUUGUGCACAGAAAUGUUACUGUCUUAGUGCACCUUGCAGCAAGGCAGUUGGAAAAUGUCCACCUGGAGGCUGUGAGGCGGGAUUCCAUGGCAAAUCAUGUAACCAAGAAUGUAACAGGGGUACGUUUGGUCAAAACUGUAAAAAUGUCUGUGGAGGAUGUAUAUCUUCUAUGUGUGACCGGAUUGUUGGAUUAUGUAACAACAAGUCUGGGUGUGAACCUGGUUAUCUAUACGACAAAUACUGCAAUAAAACCUGUGACGAUGGACAUUUUGGUAAGAACUGCACAGGAAAGUGUAAUUGUUUGACUGGAACAUGCGACAUUUCUACUGGAAUAUGUGGAGGCGCAGAUUAAUUGCAUCACAAGAUACGGGUAAAACAACGCCAAGCGAUACGACUA